AUGAAUUUUAUCCCAAGGGAGUACAGUAGGCAACAAGUGAAGAAGCUAUUGACUGAUGCAAAGUACUACAUUUGGGAAGAACCAUACCUUUUUAAAAGGUGCUCAGAUGGAAUAAUCCGGAGAUGUGUCCCGGAUGAGGAAAAGCAGCAGAUUCUUUGGCACUGUCAUGGGUCUGAUUAUGGAGGCCACUUUGGUGGUGAGAGGACAGCUACAAAAGUCCUUCAGAGCGGGUUUUACUGGCCGACUCUCUUCAGGGACUCAAGAGCAUUUGUAAAGCACUGUGGCAGAUGUGAAAAAGCUGCAAAUCUCCCUGCCAACCAUGAAAUGCCACAGCAGGGACUUCUUGAGGUUGAGUUGUUUGAUACAAGUGGACAGGUUGGAGUUUCUAACAGGGAGCUUAAGAGGAUUCUGGAGAAGACCGUCAGUGUUUCCAGAAAGGACUGGUCUAGGAAGCUUGAUGAUGCUCUCUGGGCAUACCGGACAGCAUACAAGACUCCAAUUGGCAUGUCUCCAUAUCAGUUAGUCUAUGACAAAGCCCAUCACUUGCCAAUUGAGCUGGAGCACAAGGCUUAUUGGGCAGUUAGGUAUCUGAAUCUUGAUUCAGAAGCUGCAGGAAUUAAGAGGAUGCUUCAGUUGAAUGAGCUUGAUGAAUUCAGAUAUUCAGCGUAUGAGAAUGCCAAGCUCUAUAAGGAAAGAACCAAGUUACUGCAUGACAAAAGGAUUGCCAUCAGAGUCUUUGAGCCAGGACAAAGAGUGCUUCUAUAUAAUUCAAGGCUCAAAUUCUUUUCCAGGAAGCUUGUUGAGCCUAGUUUGAUUUUGGGUUGA